AUGGCGACUGUCGCCGAGUUGAAGGCCGUUUUAAAGGACACUUUGGAAAAAAGAGGAGUGUUAGGGCAUUUAAAAGCAAGAAUUCGUGCGGAAGUUUUCAAUGCCCUUGAUGAUGAAAGUGAACCUCGGCCAUCAUUGUCUCAUGAAAACUUUCUAAUUAAUGAACUAAUUCGGGAGUAUUUGGAAUUCAACAAAUACAAGUAUACAGCGUCGGUCCUCAUAGCAGAAUCUGGUCAACCUGUAGUUCCACUGGACAGACAGUUUCUCGUCCAUGAACUAAAUGCAUUUGAAGAUUCAAAGGAUAAUACAAUACCUCUUUUAUAUGGGAUUUUAGCUCAUUUCUUGCAUGGAACUAAGGAUGACAGCCAAAAUACAUUUCUGAAAGGGUCUUCAUUCCAGCCUCCAAACCCAAAUCUUGGCAGACAACCUAGUGGAAGAAAGCAAAUGGAAGACCACUUGCGGAAGGAGCAGGGGAGGGGCACUGAUACUGAAAACCUGCACACUUCUGCCUCGGUGAAGAGAUGA